AUGAUUCCUUUCCUGUUCCCAGCAGGUGAUGUCUUGGGCCAGUACACCCUCACAGGCACCCCAUCAAAAACCAGGUCCUUUAUGAUCAGUUUGGAGUCCUUCAUUAUCGGAAUGAAUAGGCACAUGGCCCUGAUUAUGGAAUAUCUAUGGCAGAUGCCCAUUUUUUCCAGAAUUCCUGCCUGUUUAAAACAAAACAUUUAGCAUGCAUAAUUAGCAUUAGAUAUUUUUCCACUUGCAAUUUUUUAAUACUUAAAAAAGUAUUUUGGGACCGUCUAAUCCAGCCUUUAGAAAUGAUCAUGACCAGUACUUUGACACAGGGUGAGAUACCUGACACUUGGAAGACCAUUCCCUGCUGAAAGGCCCAUUUCCCCUUGGCCUAGGGGGCAGGGACCAGACUCACCUUGAACAGCUAAAAGGGGAUGCUGGGAGGCCAGAGGGGCAUUGCUGGAACAACUCUUCGGAUAUGGCAACUGGCUAAAAAAAUUUAAAAUCUUUAAUUUUAGUUCCCCUGUUUUGUUUUUGUUGGGUUGGGGUUGGUUAAAUGUUUUGUUGGGAUUGGCAGCUAUUUUAAUUUGGGUAUUAUUAUUAUUAUUAUUAUUAUUUUAUAUUGAUUUAUAGGUUUAUUUUAGUCUGUAUAAGAUAUUCUGUUUGUUAAUGUUUGAUGUUUUAUUAUGCUUAUAUAUGCUGUAAGCCACCCAGAGUGGCUGAGUAAACCCAACCAGAUGGGCGAGAUAUAAAUAAUAAAAUUAUUAUGAGUAUGCCAAUAUCACAUUGAUAGCAAAACAAGAUCAUGACCCAGCCCAAGUCAAUAAUUAUAGACCUAUUACUUUGCUUAAUUGUAAUUAUAAAUGGUUUGCGGCAAUAUUAGCAAGAAGGCUCAAACAAGUGUUAGGAAACUUAAUACAUGAAGACUAGACAGCAUUUCUGCCGAUGAGGCAGUUAAAAGAUAAUGUUGCAAUUGCAUUAAAUGCUACUGAAUAUUUUGAAAAAAGAAAUGAUUAGCAAUUACCCAUGGUUUUUCUAGAUGUAGAGAAAGUGUUUGAUAAUUCACUGGUCAACAACAAAUUUGUUGUCUGCGUUUUUUUAGUUGAUUUAGGAUGAAUCUGAUGCGCUGAAUCCAAAAAUCACAUUGGUUUUGCUCAAUCAGGUCAAGUUUUUGAGCUAUGGCCACAUGUCAUUUUUUAAUGUUUUUGUUCACAUGUACGCUUGUGUGGAGCAUUUUAGAAGAAGUUGGUGGGGGUAAAAUGCCAUGUCGAAUAAUUGUUUUGAUUGGAAAUGAUUAUUUUAAUGACAAGAAGUAUUCAGGUCCAAUAGUUCUGGGUGAUUAUGUCGAAAGGGGAUCAGUUUGAAGUCAUAAAACCUCGAAAUCUUCCAUAAAUUGGUGCCACUGGGAUCAACAGAAAGAACUGGAGCAGCCUCAAGUAUCCUGCUCUUCAAUCAGCACAUCGACCUGUAGCUCAUUGUGAUGAAAUUCCAGUGCCUAUCUUCGGAGAUCUUCCUGACAUUAGUGACGAAGAUGCCUCCAGUGUUGAAGGACAUGAAGAAGAAGAAGUGGUUCUUGAAGAUGAUGCUCCCACAUCCAUUUUCGCAAAAGGAAUUGAAUGAUCUAGUUCGCGACCUCAGCUUGUAAAGGACUCUGCCAAACUGUUGGCAUCCAGAUUGAAGGAAAAAAACCUCUCUGACAGUGCUUGCAUCAGCUUCUUCCGCAACAGGCAUCAAGAGUACCUCCGUUUUUUCUCGGAAGAGAAAGACGUGGUGUACUGUGCAGAUAUUGCGCAGCUUCUGCUCAAGCUUCGAGUGCCACAGUACGAACCCAAAGAUUGGAGACUGUUCAUUGACAGCAGCAAGCGAUCACUGAAAUGUGUUCUGCUACACAACGGCAACCAGUUUGCCUCUAUACCCCUGGCUCACUCAAGUACACUGAAGGAGAACUAUGAAGCGGUGAAGUAUGUGCUGGAGAAAAUUGGUUAUGAUCAGCAUAAGUGGUUUAUUUGUGUUGACCUGAAGAUGGUGAACUUUUUGUUGGGACAACAGUCUGGCUUCACCAAGUACCCAUGUUUUCUGUGCAUGUGGGAAAGUAGGGACCGUGCUCAGCAUUACACGAAGAAGGACUGAGCAUUCCAGGAGUUCCAAGAAACGGAAGUUCAAGCCCUGAAGUUUGAAAAAUGGCGAAGCAACAUGCAAUUUACGUGUACUUACCUUUAUCAAUGCCCACCAUUCAGUUUACAGUAAACCUGACCUGAUGGAGAGAAACGGAUGCCAUUUCCUGAUUCAGCAGUGCAAAAAUACCCUAAAUCAGUUGUAGAAAUCUAGACAACAUUCAAAAAGUAAAAAAUUGUUACCCAGUGUAAUGCUUCUUGGAGUUGGGGGUGGGAAUUACUAGAUAAAAUGGGGUUCAGGGAGAAAUUUGUGAGAGGAAUAAAUACAUUAUAUACAGAGCGAUUUGCAAACAGUAAACAGAAUUUUAUAAGAAAAAUGCAUUAUUGGCAAGGAAACAAGAGAAGAUUGUCUACUUUCACCAUUAUUGUUUAUUUUGGUUUUAGAACUGUUGUGUGGGGUUAUUAGAGAAAAUGAUAUACGAAGCCCCCAAGUGAGGCUUCAAACUUACGAACUGAGGGCAUUUGCGGAUGAUGUGGUAUUGUUCAUGGAAAACCUGAUGAAAAACGUGGUUAAGGUACUGGAAGCAAUAAAGCAGCUUGGUGAUUUUCUUUUAUAAGAGAAAGAAAGUAGUGGGCAGCAGAGGGCGGGAGAUAAAAUUUUUUUGACCAGAUAUCAAAAUUUACUUGAACGGAAAUCACUUUUAUGAUUAUCUCCUAUUGAAGCCAGUGCACUAAGGAAAUUAAACAUUCAAGAGAAUUGGGGUACUUAUAGAGACAUACUGUGUUUUUCUGGUAAUGCAUGUAAAAUGAAAAAGUUAGAAGAAAUUCAAGAAUGGGUAUCAGAUUGGUUUCAAUAUUUUCAAAUUAAUGAGCAUUUUUUAAAAGAAUUAUUCUAAAUUAUUUUAUUGACUCUAAAGGGUUGCAGCCCCUUUCAUAGAGGUGUCUUCAUCCCCAUGAUAUAUGUAAAAUAUACUUACUAGUGCCAAUCCAUAUCCCACUAAGAAAUCGUGAAGCAGCAUUAUUGGGCGAUAGGACAGUCCUCGAGGCAGGUGGGUCCUGGUAAGACGAUAAGAAACUCCCCACACUAACAGCAAGAAAUGAAUGAAAAUAGUUGUAUAUAAUAUCAGCAUCCACAGAGUUUCACCAAACGCCAUUUCCCUUAAACUCAGAGGCACAGAGACAAGGACUUCGCCUUGGCCAAUGCUGGUGGCUUUUAUAGGACAACAAUCUAUGCCAUGUGGAAAAGAAGAGCCUAGGCCAACCCAUAUAAUUCUCAGUUGAGAAGAAAAGAAAUAGUUUAGUAAUUGAGUAAAACAUUGCAGCUAUCCUGGAUUCCUGAAAGACACUGUUGUUCCUCGCACAGGGUGUGGAUACGCAUUGGUGGGUGUGAAUUUGCCUAUCUUCUCCUCCCAAGGGAAGUCGUGCAUAGGAGUUUGCCUGCCCUCCCACACAAAAUCAUUGUGCCUCUUCCCUCCCUGAGGAGUUUAUCAGGGGUAAUUAAAAGGGACUGCACAUCAAUGCAGGUGGAGCUGGCUUGCACUGCAAUGGCAUCCUCCCAACAGAAGGGUCACUGCAACUUUCCAGAACAGUGUGGUGAGGAAAUAGGUUUGGCGCUGUGCAGGCUGACCAAUGGGAGCCAAUCCCACCCAGUCUAUUGCUCAUAUAACUCCACUUUUCAUUUAUAAAGUCCAUUUAUUUAUUUAUAAAAGCUUCCUCUGCUUCCUCUACUGUUGGACCCAUUGAUGGCCUCUUGCUGAACUGAUACAAAGAGGGAGUUGAAAUACAAUGGGAUUUAGUUCAUUCAUUUAUUUAUAAAAGCUUCCUCUGCUGUUGGACCCAUUGGUCAUUUGCAAUGAUACAAAAUGGAAGCAUCCUGACUUUCUUGGUUGAAGGAAUGGAUAACAUUAGAGAAUUCACAUAUUCUAGACUUAGAAGGCCAUGAUAAUAUUUUUGGUUGGCACGCUUCAUUAUGGUAUGAAAAGGUGAAAGUACAUAAAGGAUUUAUAAAUCAUAUAAUUAGGGGGGGGAAUUGUAUAGAAUAUGGGAUAAAUAGAAGCAUUUAUUAGAGGGGAACCUCUUUGGCUCUCAAUGUUGGAAAUUAUAGAGGUAAAGAAAAAGAAUAUUAUUAUUAUUAAUAAUAAUUGAAUUUAUAUACCACCCUAUACCCAGAGGUCUCAGGGCGGUUCACAUAAAAGGAUUACAAUAUGAUAGAAUGGUGGACAACUUACAAAAAUUUGUUAAAACAAGUGGGAGGAAAGUAUAAAUUUAUAAAAAAUAAGGAAUUAUCAGGAAAACUAACAACAUGGAUACAAUAUCAUCAUUUGAAUGGAGUAUUUAAGAAAGAUAGGCUACAAGGGUCUGGGGAACAAAUAUCACAACUGGAGAGAGACCUGUUGGAAUGGAAUGUAAAAGUGCUGUCUAUAAUUUAUAAAAUAUUAUUGGAAUGGGAGACAAAGGAUGAGGAAGUAAAAUCCCCAAUGAUACAUUGUGCAAUAGAAAUUGGUCAUAAUAUAGACAUGGAAGCAUGGGGACGAUUGUGAAAUAUGGAUAUAAAAUUUAUAGCAUGUUAUGGUUUAAGAGAAAACGAUCUAUCAAUGGUAUCUAACCACUGGCAAAAAUGGCAAAAAUGUAUAAAUCUAAAUCAAAUAAGUGUUGGAAAUGUAAAGAGAAAGAAGGUUCUUUUUAUCAUGUGGUGGUCUUGUAGUAAGGUUAAAGCUUACUGGGAAAUGAUAUAUCAGGAAUAGAAAAGGAUGUUUAAAAUGAUGUUUGUAAAAAGCCCAGAAGCUUUCCUUUUGGGAAUUAUAGGGACAGAACUACCUAAACUGUAUAGAAACUUGUUCGUGUAUGCUACUACAGCAGCAAUAAUGCUACUUGCCCCAAAAUGGAAAGAAGUAGAAGUCCCAGCAAAGGAAGAAUGGAUACAGAAAACUUAAGGAAUAUGCAGAAAUGGCAAAACUUACCAGAAAAAUAAAAAACCCAGAUAACAAACUUUUUAUAAAAGAAUGAAAAUGGUUUAUUGAAUAUUUACAGAUACAUUGUAAACAGAUAAGAACAUUGGCAGGAUUAUUGUUACAACCUGCAGUUUCAAAAGAGUAUAUAUUUAAAGUAGAAGAAUAAAUUAAGUUAAUUUGAAUAUGCAGAAGAUAUUAAAAAUAAAUAUCCCUCCCUCCCUCCCUCUCUCUCUCUCUUUCUCAAUGUGAAGUCCCAAAAUUGUCACAUCAUAACUCCAGGCAGAUGUUGCUACAUAAUAUCUGCUUGAGUUUGAAGAUUUAGCAACGAGAAACAUCUGUGCAAAAAGCUAAGCCAAGUCCUUUGGAGUGCAAUGGGUCCAUUUCAUUAUACCCACAUUAGACAGAAUUAUAGUCAAACCCAGAUACCCGGACACACAAAAGGCAAGACAUUAUGCUACUCUCUCCAUAUCAGGCCAACAAGCAAGAAGAUACCGUUGGAUCUCACCAUCCUCUGAUCACUUGAAUUCAAACUUUGAGCUGCCAAGGAGAACCUUGAAAUGUCAUUCAGGCCAAUAAGUCAGUGAACAAACAGGUGCAAGCAGUAUAUCAAGAGCAGGUGUUAAGAAGUGGGUGGUCAGGGCAGCCCUCUGCUGCAUCCUAUCUGCAGGGGGCUUCCAGAGAAGGACCCACCAUCCUACGGUCCAGCUGGGAAGGGCAAGGGUGUCUAUAAAAAAGGUAAAGGGACCCCUGACCAUUAGGUCUAGUCGUGGCUGACUCUGGGGUUGCGGCGCUCAUCUCGCUUUACUGGUCGAGGGAGCCGGCGUACAACUUCCGGGUCAUGUGACCAGCAUGACUAAGCCGCUUCUGGCGAACCAGAGCAGCGCACGGAAACGCCUUUUACCUUCCCGCCAGAGCGGUCCCUAUUUAUCUACUUGCACUUUGACGUGCUUUCGAACUGCUAGGUUGACAGGAGCAGGGACUGAGCAACAGGAGCUCACCCUGUUGCAGGGAUUCGAACCGCCGACCUUCUGAUCGGCUCUGUGGUUUAACCCACAGCGCCACCCGUGUCCCAAGGGUAUCUAUACCCUUCACAAAUUAGGGCCAUGAUACCUGAAAGAGUUCCGCACGUGGGCCUAUUCAGAUCAGACAUGCACACCUGAAAACAGACUGGGAUCUACCCAGGCCCAAAUGAGAUAUGGAUCUGUUGCCAAGUGCCAAUCUAUGUCCCAAGAGUCACUAUUGGUACUAACUGAAGUUUCAGAAUUCAACUCCUUGCAUAACACAUUGCAGAAAUCCAAAUGGAAGGUUGCCAGUGUUAAUUCUGAGAUCAAGAUAAAGCUGCAGGCCAGCAUUUAUUCGUCCUCCCCCCAACCCCACCCCGUUCCUCUUUCUCCAUUUGCUCUCCUUUCCCCCUGCUUCCUCAGCACUUCCCUCCAUCUGCAGCAGGCUGCUUCUUUCUGUCCCCCUCCGUCUUUCUAUCCAGUGGCAGCAGGAUGCCUGGAGCUGACAAGGAAGGCGAGGAGCCGCCCCGGGUGUCACCACUGAGGGGGUGACAAAAUACCGGGCGGCACUCAUCAUGGCACCUGCAGUGCUCCCAAGUCAUGCGUCUCGCAGGCUUUGCGCUGCCCAAACGGUCCGCCUGCUGCCUCUCCCCCAGAUGUAGGGCGGUUGAGUGGGAGGAAACAGGCUCCUGAACACGCCACCCCAGGUGCCCAAGCGGCUUCCUCCGCCGCUGCAGACAAGUACGCCCAAAGGGAGAGGGGAGUCCUGUUAUGUACUGAAGUUCUCACCCUGGGCCAGCAGGGGGAUACUGUAGAUAGUUAUGCAAAUGAAGUAUCGAAAGUGACGUUCAGUGAUUGGAUAGUUUGUAUGCAAAUGAAGGAUCGAAAAUGACGUUCAGUGAUUGGCUAGUUACAGAAAAUGGUUACUGUUGCAUUCUAGUGGAGCUCUAUAUAAGCAGGCUGACUUGAGCUCCUCAGCUCAGUUCUGUUCCAGGUUACAAAUAAAGAGCUGCUUUGGAAGAAUUGCUGUGUCGUCUGAUAUGUUCGCCCACAACUUAACAAGUCCCAGGAGCAGCGGAGCUGUAUGGCUCCUAGAGGUGCAUAGGCAAUAAGGCAGAAAGUCAAAUUAAUGGGAUGUUGAAAGGAAACCUGGUACAAAGUAAUUAGCUUUCUAGCAACGUAUAUUUACCAGAAUAAAAUUGCCCUUGCCAUUGUAUAUAACUCCACAAUUAAAACAAAAACACAGAUUAAUUGCUGGGAUUAUAGCCAAUUUACCUUGUUAUUUUUGUUUUGAUUACCCUGUAUGGACGACAAGGAGUAGUGUAGCAAAAGGCUGGUAAAGCAUAACUCGGGCAUAGGCAAACUGGGCCCUCCAGAUGUUUUGAGACUAGAGUUCCCAUCAUCCCUGACCACUGGUCCUGUUAGCUAGGGAUGAUGGGAGUUGUACUCCCAAAACAGCUGGAAGGCCAAGUUUGCCUAUGCCUGGCAUAACUAUUUCAACCUGCCCGGGGAUUUGGAGAUAGAGAGUGGGGGCAGAGGGAAAGAGGCCUCUCAAAGAGAGGAUAAUGUAAAUCAAACAGCAGCAUUUCAGAGCAUUUUUACACUGACCUGGAAACUCGCCCGUCGCUUCCGGGCAAAAACUUCAGUCAGUGGUGGAGUUAGCUGCACAGAUGCCCGGAGCAGCAGCCAUGCCGUGCACCUGGGGGGGCGGGGCGAGCUGGGGGGCGCGCGGUGAUCUGCUGUGGGCAGUGGCGGCAACUCGAGCCGCUGCACAUGGGGCAGCAGGGCGAGCCCCCUGCCGUGUGCCUUUUUGUCACCCCACCUCAGGGAUGACACCCAGGGCGGGCUGCCGCCACCGCACCCCCCUUCCUACGCCCCGGAUGCCUCCUAAUAAUAAAAAUUAAGCCUUGUGUCUGUGUUUGGGCGCUUCCACUCCCACCCCCUUUCCUUGCCUGCCGGGCGCAGGCAGACUCUUCUUCAAACUGGCUUUGCCCAAGGAAAGUUCCCCGUUUACCCUCCCAGCCUCCUCUCAGCCUUCCCCAGGACCAAUAACAAGCUGCUCUAAGGGUCAGUAGCAUCGCGUUUUCAGAUUUGGGCCAGCCUCCCACCCUCUAUAAGGGACGCGGGUGGCGCUGUGGGUUAAACCACAGAGCCUAGGACUUGCCAAUCAGAAGGUGGGUGGUUCGAAUCCCCGCGACGGGGUGAGCUCCCGUUGCUCGGUCCCUGCUCCUGCCAACCUAGCAGUUCGAAAGCACGCCAAAGUGCAAGUAGAUAAAUAGGUAUCACUCCAGCGGGAAGGUAAAAGGUGUUUCUGUGCGCUGCUCUGGUUCGCCAGAAGCGGCUUAGUCAUGCUGGUCACAUGACCCGGAAGCUGUACGCCGGCUCCCUCGACCAGUAAAGCGAGAUGAGCACCGCAACCCCAGAGUCAGUCACGACUGGACCUAAUGGUCAGGGGUCCCUUUACCUUUACCUUUUACCCACCCCCUACCCUGCUUUUCCCAACCUGUAGAAGGACCAGACUCCAGUUUCUCGCCUCUUGAUCCCUCUGCAAAGCUUUUUUCCCACCCUCCCCUCUCCCCCAAUGAGGUUUUCUAAAUCCGGCCCGCAGACGGUCUGGGAACCAGCAUGUUUUUACAUGAGUAGAAUGUGUCCUUUUAUUUAAAUUGCAUUUCUGGGUUAUUUGUGGGGCAUAGGAAUUUGUUCAUCCCCCCCUCAAAAUAUAGUCCGGCCCACCACAUGGUCUGAGGGACAGUGGACUGGCCCCCUGCGGAAAAAGUUUGCCGACCCCUGCUAAGUACCUCUGUGGUGGACAGCAAAGCCAGACCAGAGUUUGGUGAUGCAGUCCCUCAGAAUUCCACCAGAGGGCUGGAGCCUCUCUGAAUGAGUACUAAGCAGAGUGGGAGGAGAAAAAUAAAAGGAGCAGUUUCUGAGGGAGUUUUUAGACUGGGCUUGGUUUGAGUGUCUUGGGAGAGUUUUAUGCCAGGGGCUAGCUGGAGGGCUGACUUUGAGCCAGGAGAAGUAGAAGCUGUGUGGAUACAGCUUACAUGGGUCUCAUUCUAGUCAGGAGGGGAGAGAUCUUCUAGAAAGAGAAGACUCCCAAACCAGUAGCAAGGGGUGUGGCAAUCCUUAGGGUCUGUUAUACUAUUUACUUCAAUAAGAGUAUGUAAACGCAGUCAGUAACAUGGGAAGAUAAGGACGGAUCAAGGACGGCACGCAGGAAGGCACUUACACAGAAUUGUAUUAAUUUGUUAUAAUUUUAAUAAUUGGGUUAAAAUCUGGAAAAUCAAUAAAAAAAUGUGAUGAAGAAGUUUCAACAAAAGAGCAGUGGACUUUAAAACUAUUGGACUAUAUGGAGAAGGCGAAAAUAAGAAACCCAAAGGACAAAAUGCUUGUGGAGGAGUGGAGAUCCUUUUCAGAAUAUCUGAGAAAAUAUUAUAGUCAAAUGAAAACACAGGCUGGACUGGAAACAUAAGCAAAGGAAGGAGAAUGAUAAAGGAAUCUAAUGUUGGAUAUUUGUUAUAGAAAUGAGUAUUACAUUUAGUAGACAAAGGAUUUGAACAGAAAUAUCAUGGAAGUAAGGAUGAGGAGUCAAAAUGUUGAGGGAAUAUUGUAUUGAAACUGAAUUGAAUUUGUUAAAUUGUAUGAAAAUAAAUUUUAAAAAUAUGUAACAUAAAGAGAACAAGAUGCUGCGUGAAGUGAGCCAAUGGCUUGAUCCAGUAGGGCUUUGCUUAUGUAUUUAUAGAGCCCAUGGUGAUUUUAAUAAAUUAAACAGAGUGGAAUUUUUGAUCAGAUUUUUUCUUUUUACUUCAGGAUUGA